AUGCUCUGGACUGUCCUCGUGCCCGAGUUGGUGGUCAUGUGGGCGGCACACCAGUGGUUCGACGCCAACCAGAUAGUUCGUGCCCGCGCUGCUGGUUUGGAUGCGACGGGCACGAGAGACAUGGCGCAGAGGCACGAGGCGGGGAAACCCUAUGAUGGGAAUGAAGGCGAGGACUGCUCGGUAUGGACUAGAAUACACGGCUUCUUCGUGCUCAUGGGAGGAUGCUCUGUAUUGGUCGAUGGGCAGCCAGUGCGACCACAUGUCGUGCAAUCACUCAUAGAAGACACGUCUCUCAAUCAUCGCAGCCACACCCCCGUUAUCGCCUGGCCGGUGCUCUGUGCCGAAGAAAUCGAGGACAAAAGCAAGGGUGACGCGUUGGCCAAGCUUCUGGCGCUCGCCCAGGUCGCGUGGUUCGUCAUCCAACUGGGCGCGCGGUUUGUUUCCGGUCUGGCGUUUAGCGAGCUGGAGGUGAUGACCCUCGCCUACGCGUCUAUCAGCGCGCUGCUCUACUUCUUCUGGUGGGACAAGCCGCUGGACGUGCACCACCCCAUCCUCACAGAGGAGCGCGACGCCCCGGCUAGUGCCCCCACCUUCAUAUGGAGGUCGGCGCUGACUGUGUCGGCGCUCUUCUACGCCCAUGCAUGGAUCAUCGAGGAACCAGCCGACCCCGACAAUGUCGACCCCUUCGUCAAAAUUCAUUUUACCCCGCUGGCCACCCGGAGCGACAAAAUGUCGCUGGCGAUGUGCGGCUUCUCGAGCAGUCUAUUCGGCGCCAUCCACUGCAUCGCCUGGCAUGUUCCCUUCCCGAGCGCUGCGGAGGCGCGCAUUUGGAGAGCCUCGUCCGUCUUGGUGACCGCCAUCCCCCUAGCAUGGUUCCUCCUCUCUUGCAUGACCAUGUUUAUAGUUGAAAGACUGCAAUAUUACCCUGCUUAUCCCAUGAGAAUCCUCGCCGCUGUGGGACUGUGCAUCUACUUUAUGGCUCGGGUACUUCUUAUUGUGGAGGCAUUUGUUCUGCUUAGGAGUCUCCCGCCCGAUGCUUACCAGGUCAUUGAUUGGACUGCAUAUAUUCCUCAUAUAUAG